AGAGCAGCGCGCCCCGCCGGGCCUCCGCCACGCCGCGGCUGCCCCUGCCCGUCCCCGCCUCCGUCCUGCGGCCCGCGCCACCAUGUCGGUCGAGCUGGAAGAAGCCGAUCUGCCCCUGACCGAGGCGGAGGAGGUGCCGCUCGCCCCGGAGAAGAAAGCGGCCGCUAAGAAGGCGAAAGGCGGCGGCGGCUCCUCGUUGUCGCCGUCGAAGAAGAAGAAGAACAACAAGAAGAAGAACCAGCCGGGCAAAUACAGCCAGCUGGUGGUGGAGACGAUCCGCAAGCUGGGGGAGCGCAAUGGCUCCUCGCUGGCCAAGAUCUACAACGAGGCCAAGAAGGUGGCCUGGUUCGACCAGCAGAACGGCAGGACCUACCUGAAGUACUCCAUCAAGGCGCUGGUGCAGAACGACACGCUCCUCCAGGUCAAGGGCACCGGCGCCAACGGCUCCUUCAAGCUCAACAGGAAGAAGCUGGAAGGCGGCGGCGACGGGGGCGCGGGCAGCAGCGCCCACAAGUCCCACAAGAAGGCGACGGCCUCCACGUCCCGGCGGGCGGAGAAGAAGCCGGCGGCCAAGAGCAAGAAGCCCGAGAAGAAAUCCCACAAGAAGGGAGCCGGCGGCGCGGCGGCGAAGAAGGACAAGGGCAAAGCCAAGAAGGCCACCAAGAAGGGAGCCGCGUCCCCCGGGGGCAAGAAGGUGAAGAAGUCCGCAAAGCCCAAGGCGCUCAAGAGCAGGAAGGCAUGAGAGCGGGGCGCAGGGAGCCC